UAGCGGCUUGUUAUGCUUGCACUGGAUAUCGACAAUAUCGUGGGAGCGAAAAGACGUGUGCUUUCGACAACACGCAAUUUUCAUCCCAAGUGAUGCUUUCUCAUCCAUUGGACGCUUCAUGGACAUAAUCAGAAAACAUGCCGGAGUUCCUCCACUGUUUCAUAAGAUUUCAAGUUCGGAAUUGAAUGACUAUGGCUUUUACAAUACCGAAGAGCUGAAAAAGUAGCGUACACAGCUUAUUGAAAUAUAAAUUUUCAAGCGAAAAUUGCGUAACAAUUGUUCUCGUAUUGAUUUCCGGUCCAGAUUUCGUCAGACAUGAAGACCCUCAUAACUGAAUAGAUAUAUUAAAGACGUUACUAAAUGUUCAUUACGCUCGUAUUUUCUGAUUUUUCUCAAUAGGAGCAACAGAGACCGUGUUGACCAGGGACGUUCACACCUGAAGCAACGUGUAGUUAGACUUGGUUUCCAAACACUUGCAGACGAAAUCAAGCAGGAAGAAGAGCAAAAUGACGACUCGAAGUGCAAGCGAUUUUUUGUGUUAGGUCGUAACGCUGUGUUUGCGGUGUCCGAUCAAGCAAAAUUAGUUGGCAUGGAAGACACCAAAUUCAUGUGGGUUUCGGGUGUACAGCGUGAGCUCAGCCUUCCAAAAACUGGAUACCUGAACGGAUGCCCAUUUCUCUCUUUAAGCCAAAUUUUGCCUAAGGAAACUAUGUUGUCGAUGGGCCUUGUCACAGGAGCUGUGCUGAUGGGCUUGCAUUCGGAGAAAGUUCGAGAGAAACUCAAGGCGUGUCCAACAAUCGUAUGCGAAGGAGUAACUGGUACGGGGAAGUCACUAUGUACCAGCAUGGCGGGAAGAAUUAUUGCUCCAAAUGCCCAUGAUAUUCUGGACUCUAAAUCCAUCACGCCAUCCAUGCUCAGGGAAGAAGUUUUCGCUAAACAAAAUCUGCAAGUGAUACUCCAUGACCCAUCUGACGUAGAAGUUGUCCAACAUUUGGUUGAAGAGACCUUUGAGGCCAAGCCAUUAAGCAAACGCGGGUAGCGGCUUGUUCCACACUGCAUGGAAAUUAUUCUUGUAACGAAGAUAGGCUGGCAAAAAUAAGGGCGACAGGACGAAUGCGCGUGAUGUCGCAAUUGGCGUUAAUAUCGUUUCCCGUCGCUGUCCAACUCACUGCUGUGCAGCGUGUUGAAGUGGCUGAUCUGGCAAACACGCUGUCACAUCUUUUGCCACGUUUCCUUGAGCUGGAUGACGACGAUUUUUUGGAGAUAUGCAAAAUUUCCGAUAAGCUUCAAGAACAAAUUGAGGCCCAUCUGGAGAAGUACGGAUUACGGGAAUCGCGAUCACGGAUUGCCGGCCACAUCGCGCUGUUGUACGCGUUUACAAAAAAGGCACUGGCAAUAAUCGGUAAAACCGGCAUAGUGCCAAGUGACCUUGAUGGAUACGUAAUGUCAGCCAUGCGCAAAACCGCAUCGACUUGGCAAACGCCAGCACUACCAAAGCGACGCGACUUGGAAAUUCCAACGCAAGUUUCUACGCCAACAAAGCGACCAAAAUCACUCGCCUCGUUUGGGACAGUGUUAUCUACGGCAGUUUCGGUAUCAGAUCCCGGCCAGAUUGGAAGAUAUGUUAAGCUGUCAAAGGAUAAGAAACUGCUGUAUUUCCGUGACCGCGAAGCUGAAAAGCUGAUCUUAUCCCAGGGCGGAGAAGUGGGCUUUCUUAAUGGCAUUCGUGAUGUUGUCCGAGCCAUACCAGGUGCAAGUGUUUCCAGAGAUGCCCGCUUUAUGGGCGAAUCUGGAACCCAGAAAGCUAUGGCGGUGUCGGUUGGAUACAUAUCUGCCGAUUUACUGCAGCAGUUGGGAGGAGACAUCGAAAAAGAUGUCGAAGGAAAAGUCGCUAACGCUGAGAUCGUGGAAGAGUACGCUUUGACCACUGCCGUGCUGGCACCAAGCAAAGUGACGUUACCAUCACCGGCAACUUCCGAAGAACAAAAUCCUGAAGCAGCAAAGUCAUGCGGCCAACGGACUGGAGGCAGUAGUUACUCGGCAGGGCAACCGUUUCCAAAACCGGUACUGAGCGACGGCAUACCAACAGACUCUCACAGGCGCAAACUCGAUUUUGAUGUUCCACCAGUUUUACCAAAUAAUGCGAAAGCCUGCGGGAAGCAGACUGUGAAGAAGAAAGCCUUCAAGCCAGACGUUGUGGCGCAUAGUGCUAUUUGCUGCACUUGCAAAACAGAUGCCACAAACCAGAAGGAAACGGUUACGUGCGUAAACUGCGGAAAGGUAUUCCACAUUCAUUGUGUUAUUCCGCGGCGAUCAAAAAGCAAGCUCGACAAGACAAAAUGGAACUGCAAACCCUGCAUUACGUCAGCAGCAGAGUGAAACGGCAGCAGUUCGGCAGCAACUUGUCACCUGUUCCAUUGGCACUGCAUCGGUUUAGGCCACUCUGUCAACAGUUAUUGUCGCAUUUAAUCAUACUGACAUCCGAGUUUUUCGUGUAUUUUCUGGUGCAAUGACAUGGUGGUUUAGCUCAAGGAAGUCGCUGUUUCUGUGUUUCUGUAGUAAUACAGCUGUUACCAUACAAAAUGUCGCUGUUUGUGUGUUUCUGUAGAAAUACAGCAGUUCCUAUAUAAAAUGUCGCUGUUUCUGUGUUUCUGUAGAAAUAACAGCCCUAGAUG